UCAAAAUAAAUUAAUAAAUAAAUAAAAGGCUUGUUGUUUAGGAGGUGAGGUAGCUGAUCAUCUGCUUCGUAAAAUGGAGGACGAGACCAAGUCACCGGAUGCCUUUAAAACUCCGUGCAAACCGCUGAAGAUAAAGAGUCCAGUGAGUGCAUGUGGAACCCCGGUCACUAUUCCAGCAUCUCCGUUCAUGAAGAAGCUCGGCUGUGGCACUGGUGUGAACGUCUACCUCAUGAACAGAAAUGGAAAACAGACUCAGUCACCAUGGGCCAUUAAGAAGAUCAACAGCAAGUGUGCAAAGACUCAGAAGAACGUGUACCAGAAGCGGCUAUGUGAAGAAGCAAAGAUCUUAAAGGAUCUGCAGCACCCAAAUAUAGUUGGUUUUAGAGCGUUCACCACAGCAAAGGAUGGCUCAAAGUGUUUGGCGAUGGAAUACGGCGGGGAGCAGUCUCUCAAUGAUCUGAUUGAAAAGAGGAGAGAGGAAGGUUUACAGGCCUUCCCAGUUGCCAUUAUUGAAAAAGUGGCUCUUGAUGUAGCUCAUGGUUUGCAGUAUCUGCACAAUGAGAAGAGGCUUCUGCAUGGGGACAUGAAAUCCUGCAACAUCGUCAUUAAAGGCGACUUUGAGACCAUCAAAAUCUGUGAUGUCGGCGUUUCCCUCAAGUUAGAUGAAAAUAUGCAAGGCAAGUAAGCCCUAAGCGCAAGUAAAUUAAAAUGGGUAUAGAAAUUGUUCAUAAUCAUGUUCAUCAUUUAUGUAGUGAGUGACCGAAAGGCUCACUACAUCGGCACCGAGCCUUGGAAGCCAAAAGAGGCGCUGGAGGAUGGACUAAUCACAGACAAAGCAGACAUCUUUGCAUAUGGACUCACCCUGUGGGAGAUGAUGACUCUCUCUGUGCCUCAUCUGGAGAUGCUGAACAGCGAGGGUGACUGCGAUGAUGACGACUCAUUUGAUGAGGACGACUUUGACGAGGAAGCCUAUUACGAGAAACUGGGAACCCGUCCUCCGCUGGACGCAGCCACUCUGGGUGGUGCCUACCAGAGAAUGGUAGAACUUUUCUGUCUCUGUACUGAGGAAGAUCCUAACAAAAGACCAUCAGCUGCACACAUCGUUCAGGCUCUGGAGUCCAACAGCCAGCUGGAUGAUAAACAUAGUGAGGUGAUAGUUAUAGAUUAAAGUCUGCUCGUCAGUUUUCUCUA